CACUCAAACAUGUUGAAAGCUCCAGUCAACCACGUCAACGGCCACCAAAGGUCGUCUCCGCCGUUACUCAGCCGGGGGAAGAAGGCUUUUGUCGUUGGAGAUGGGGGUGUUGACGUUAGUGGAAUCCCAGCUUCCUUUUUAUCUCACAACACGUUGGCAUUUCCCGUCCAACGUCACAGCAGGAGUUUCCGCUCUCGGCGUCAUUCCGGUAAAUUAGUCGGAGAAAUCAAAGCCGUUUCCGGCGAAGCUAGCACUGCUGGUGUCAUCACUACCACCAGCGUGAAAGCUGUGGUUACAGUCCAAAUGACGGUGGGUGGGGUCCUAUCGAACCUUAGUAUUACGAGAGCGUUUGACGACAUCGGAGAUUUGCUCGGAAAAUCGCUCCUCUUGGAGCUUGUUUCCGCAGAGGUUGACCCUGUGACGGGAAUAACAAAACCUACAAUAAAAGAUUACGCACAUCGACUUGGACGAAAGGCAGACGACUUGCAAUAUUUAGCAGAGUUUGAAGUACCAGAGGAUUUUGGAUCAAUUGGGGCAAUUUAUAUACAAAAUGAACACCACAAAGAAAUGUUUGUGGAAUCCAUUCUACUGGAAGGUCUUGCCAUUGGUCCCGUCACCGUAACUUGUGAAUCAUGGAUUCAAUCAAAACGUGAAAAAAACUCUAAACGUAUUUUUUUCCUUGACAAGGUAGCAUGCCUUCCAAAGGAUACACCGAGCGGCCUCAAGGCUCUCCGAGAGAAGGAACUUGCGAUUCUGCGAGGCGACGGCGUCAGUGAUGGCCCUCGGAAAAAGAUAGAUAGAAUUUACGAUUAUGAUGUGUACAAUGACCUCGGCGAUCCGGACAAGGAUCCGGAGUUGGCGCGUCCGGUGCUCGGCGGCAAACAACAUCCUUACCCUAGGCGUUGCAAAACUGGUCGCGCUCGCACUAAAUCAGAUCCAUUAUCAGAGACAAGAAGCAGUGACGUUUACUUACCAAGGGAUGAAGCCUUUUCAGAAAUAAAGAAUUUAUCAUUUUCGUUCAAGACUGUAUAUUCGGUGUUGCACGCAGUGGUGCCUUCGCUAGAGACAACUCUAAUUGACAAAGAUCUUGGGUUUCCAUACUUCACAGCCAUUGAUUCUUUGUUCAAUGAGGGAGUUAAUCUGCCACAGAUAGACAGCAAAGGACCUCUAGGAAGUGUUCUCCCUAGAAUUUUGAAGGCUUUUGAAGAUGCUCAAAAUAACAUCUUGCUUUUCGAGACUCCUGAAAUGAUAGACAGAGAUAAGUUUGGUUGGAUGAGGGAUGAAGAAUUUUGUCGCCAAACCCUUGCUGGUCUUAACCCUUUGAGUAUUCGCUUGGUCACGGAAUGGCCAAUGAUGAGUAAACUUGACCCUGAGGUGUAUGGUCCGGCUGAAUCUGCAAUAACUACAGAGAUCGUUGAGGAAGAGAUCAGAGGCUUCUGCACGCUUGACGAGGCAUUAAAGAACAAAAAGCUUUUCGUUCUAGAUUAUCAUGAUAUUUUUCUGCCGUAUGUGAACAAAGUUAGAGAUAUCAAAACUAUGAGAACAACUUUAUAUGGAUCAAGAACACUGAUGUUCCUUACUCCAACGGGAACAUUGAGGCCAUUAGCCAUUGAGUUGGUUCGACCACCUGGUGAUGGAAAACCUCAAUGGAAGCAAGCAUUCACUCCCUGUUGGGAUGCAACGGGUGCUUGGCUGUGGAAGCUUGCUAAGGUGCAUGCCCUUGCUCAUGAUAGUGGUUAUCAUCAGCUCGUAAGUCACUGGUUGAGGACGCACGCUUGUACUGAGCCAUAUAUAAUUGCAACCAAUCGUCAGCUUAGUAAAAUGCACCCCAUAUAUAACCUCUUACACCCUCAUUUCCGAUACACAAUGGAGAUCAAUGGUUUGGCUCGGGAAGCCCUCAUAAAUUCUAAUGGAACUAUCGAAGCGUGCUUUUCACCAGGAAAGUAUAGCAUUGAGAUGAGUUCUGUUGCUUAUGAUCUACAAUGGCGUUUUGAUCAUGAAGCAUUGCCAGCCGACCUUAUUGCUAGGGGUAUGGCUGUGGAAGAUCCGGAUUCGCCCCACGGUCUAAAGCUAACCAUAGAAGAUUAUCCCUACGCAAACGAUGCAUUGGUUCUUUGGGAUAUUAUCAAAGAUUGGGUAACCAACUACGUCAACCAUUACUACAAAGAAGAGAAUCUUGUGGAAUCUGAUGAAGAACUUCAAGCAUGGUGGACAGAGAUUAGAACAGUCGGCCACGGAGACAAGAAAGACGAACCAUGGUGGCCUGUUCUCAAAACACCACAAGACCUUGUCGGGAUUAUUACAACAAUCAUCUGGGUAGCUUCGGGUCACCAUGCAGCUGUCAACUUCGGGCAGUAUGACUACGCGGGAUAUAUUCCUAAUAGGGCCACCAUUGCCCGAGUCAAGAUGCCUUGUGAAGAUCCGACUGAUGAUGAAUGGGCGGCUUUUAAGCGUAGGCCCGAGGAUGAACUCCUGUCUGCAUUUCCUUCCCAGAUUCAAGCGUCACAAGUUAUGGCAGUUUUGGACGUGCUAUCGACUCAUUCUCCCGAUGAGGAAUAUAUCGGGCAGCAAUUGGAGUUAACAUUUGAGGCAGUUCCAGAGAUAAAAGCUGCAUACGAAAUAUUUUCAGGGAAGUUGCAGGAGCUGGAAGGAAUAAUCGACGGUAGGAAUGCAGAUGCUUGCUUGAGGAACAGAAAUGGGGUUGGGGUUGUACCGUACACCCUUCUAAAGCCUACUUCAGGACCUGGUGUCACUAGUAUGGGGGUUCCAAACAGCAUUUCCAUCUAGUUCUUUUUUUUUUUAUCUGGGCCAAAUAAAAUGGAGCAAGAAAUCUUGAUCUUGCUAUUUCCAUGCAAAAAGUGAAAAUAUUGUAUGGGGUUUCUGCUAUUCAUCAAUAAAUACUUUAUUUGCACAUUUUUCACAAGUUCAUUUCAAGUGUAUGGGGCUUCUGCUAAUAAAUAUUUUUUAUAUGCG